UCUGAGCAAUAAACGGGGCUGCGCACGCCGACACCGACGAGCGGGUGCUGCGUCAUCGCCGCUCGACGGCUUCGCGAGCGGCGCUGUUGGCGUGACGUCAUGAGUGAGCGCCGCGCGCUGCGGCCAUGGCGGCGUCGUGGGGGCGCUGGGCCCGGCUGCUCCGCUGGCGGCGCGGGGCGGCGCAGGCGGUUACCGCCGGAACACUCAUGGGAGCAGGUGAUGUGAUCGCGCAGCAGCUGGUGGAGCAGCGCGGGCUGCACGGCCACCAAGGCCACCGCACCCUGAAGAUGAUGGCGAUCGGCUUCUGCUUUGUGCUCUGGCAGGGUCCCGUUGUGGGCGGUUGGUACCGGGUCUUGGAUCGGCUCGUCCCGGGGAACACCAAAGUCGUUGCCGUGAAGAAGAUGAUGCUGGACCAGGGGGGCUUCGCGCCCUGCUUCCUCGGCUGCUUCCUCACCAUCACGGGCGUGAUGAACGGGCUCUCGGCAGAGGAGAACUGGGCCAAGAUCCAGCAGCAACUGGGUGGUCGCAGCAGCUUAUUGCCACAGCAGCUAGGUGCCCGCAGGGCCGUCCUCCCUGCUCACAUCCUCUCUUCUCCCCAGGACUAUGUGGACGCCCUCCUGACCAACUACUGUAUCUGGCCACCAGUGCAAAUCGCCAACUUCUACUUCGUCCCUCUGCAGCACAGGUACCAACACGGCCGUGGUGCUGGAUCAUGGCUCCAGGCACCUGCGGCUGUGACCCUGUCCCCUCUGUCCCCAGGCUGGCUGUUGUCCAGUGCGUUGCCAUCAUCUGGAACUGCUACCUCUCCUGGAAGGCAAAUCGGAUGUGAGGGGGCAGCCUGGGGCUGUGCCAAGUCCAGCACUGGCUGAUGCCUGCGACUGCUCCAGUUCUGACACUGGCUGAUGCCUGUGGCUGCUCCAGGUCCAGGACCAGUGGAUGCCUGCGACUGCUCCAGACCCAGCACUAGCCAUGCUGUAGGGCAGCUCUGCCCCUGGACGUACGACUCCAUCCAUGCUCACUCCUCUUCCCAACCCCUGGCCCCACACUCAGGGUGUUCCGGCUGCAGAGCAGUGGGUGCCAGAGCUGCUGCAGGCCCUGGGCCAGUGGUGCCGUGGGUCAGGUACUGCCCCACUCGGAGUGGGCUUGGAUCUGUGUGUCCCACACCCACGGCUCCACAGCACCCACUCCCUCAGUUAGGUGGUGCUCCCUGCAGACACAUUUCCCUGUUGCUCCACUGCAGAAUGUCGAAGUACCCAAUAAAUCAGGUUUUCCCCUUGAUUCCCAUGGCCUCCACCCCAUGCUGGGGGCUGUGCAGAAGUGGAAUCAAGGCAACCAUUCCUGCGCUCUCGGUGCUGCUGUUGACCCUCCUGUCCCCUUGGUGGGAUGGGUGCCCAGCACGGCACCCCCAGCCCGCAGGGCAGAGCCACGGCUCCACUCUCUGCCUGUUACCC